AUGACUUAAAAUCUACAAGACUAUGCAUAAUAAUUAGUGAAUAUCUCAAUAUCAGAUGAGGAAGAUCUAGUCAAUUGUUCACCUAUAAGAUAAUCAAAUUAUUAGACUGUUGUAACCCAAGGUUAACCUUCUGCAAAAAAAUCAAUAGCAAAUUCAGUUAAGGGUUAAGCAAAAUCUACUACUUCAAAAACAACUAAAAGUAUUAUAUUAAUCUAUAUUUUAAGAACAAAGUGGAGUUAAGUCAACCAAAGAUAAAACAAAAGAAAUGAAAGAAUAAUUUGAGGAGUAAGCUAAAUAACUAAAAUGGUAUUAAGAAGAAUACUAAAGAUUAAAAGAUCAAAAGAAAUAAUUAAAGGAGGAGAAGACUUAAUAUGUAUUUUAAUCAAUCUUAUGUUUAUAAUAGCUACUAACGAUCAAUACUUAUAAAACAAAGUUAGAGUAAAGUAUAGGCAAUGAAAAGAGACUCCAUUAAUAAUUAAAUGAAUAGAUGGAUCUUACAAGAUAAGCAUUAAAAUAGGCAAAUGAUGCAUAAAUUGGAUUAGAGUAGAACAAACAAAAUUUCUUAUAAUAAUAAUAAAUGGAAGAUUUAGUCAGAUAAAGGUAAAAGGAGGAAUUAGAAUAUUAAUACUAAAAGAAACUUGAUCAAUCAGUUAAACAAGCUAUAGCUGAUGCAGAAAGUAAAUAUGAAUUGAGAGUUCAUUAAAUGAAUAAGGAACUUGAUGUCUUGAGAUAAGAAAACAUCGAACUUCACAAAAGACUUAUGUAGAAUGAAACAAAUAAAAAACAUAUUUAUGUUUAAAGUGAAUUAGAUUAGUUGAAAACUAAAUAUUUAACUACUAAAGGAUGA